AUGGCAAAUUAUAAUUUGCCAUUCUUUUUUUCUUUCUUUGUUUUUUUUUCAAAUUUACUUGUCUGUCUUUCCUUCUUUCUUUCUGAUUUUGUUGUUUUGUCUUCUUUUCCUUUCUUUGUUUCAUUCUUUUUUUCUUUCUGUUUUAGACUAGUCGAUACUUUAACUGAUUUUUAUAUAUUGAAAUACUUGCUUUCAUUUUUCUUCCCUAUUUUUAUUCUUUCUUUCUUCUUCCAUUUUUUAUUUUAUAUAAUUGAAUAUUUUAAACUUGGUUCCACGGCUCUUCAGUUUUUAAUUUUCAAUCAUUCCUUUUUCUUUUUUUCUUUCUUUCUUUCUUAUAUUCAUUUAUAUAUUUAUUCGUUCUUUUUUCUUUCCAUGUUUUUCAUUUAUCUUAUAUUUAUGCAUUUGACCAUUUUUUUAUAUUCGUUCUUCCUGUUUCGUAUUUUCUCUCCAUUUAUAUUUUGUUUCUAUUUGUUAGAAUUUUUCUUUCUUUCUUUCUUACAAUUUUAUAGAAACAUUUUAUCUGAAAACUUCCUUAUUUUUGUUCUUAUUUCAAAUAUUCUUGCUUUUCUCUCUCUUUCCUUCAUUUUUUUCUUUCUUGUUUUAAAACAUUUUUUUUCCUUUUUUAGUCUUUCUUUCUUCCUUUUUACGAAAAUGUUCUUUGAAUCUUUCGUUUUUCUCUCUUUUUUCUUUCUUUUUUUGAACCUUUCUUUCUUUGAGUCUUUACUUCUUUCUUUCUGUCGAAACUGUCUUUCUUUGAGUGUUUCCUUUCUUUUUUUUGCAACACUACCUUUUAUUUCCUUGCUCCAUUCUAUAUUUUUAAAUCCCCAUUCAUUCUUUCUUUCUUUCCUUCUUUCUUUCUUUCUUUCUUUCUUUCUUUCUCCUGAUCACCGUAGUCUUCCUCCUCUUUUCAAAUAUGCUUUUCUUUCUUUCUUUCUUUCUUUAUUUCUUUCUUCAUUUAUUCCUCCAUUCAUACUUUUAUUCAUUCUUUCUUUCUUUCCAAGUUUUGCAAACAUUUUAUCUGAAAUCUUUCUUAUUUUUGUUCUUAUUUCAAAUAUUCUUCCUUUUCUCUCUCUUUCUUUCAUUCUUUCUCUCUUUUUUUUCUUUCUUUGUGUCUUUAUUUCUUUCUUUCUUUCUUUCUUUCUUUCUUUGAAUAUUUCCUUCUUUCUUUCUUUCUUUUUCUAUCUUUCUUUUAUCUAUUGUUCAAAUUUCAAAUAUUCUUCCUUUUCUCUCUUUCUUUUCAUUCUUUCUUUUUUUUUCUUUUCUUUUGCAAACAUUUUAUCUUAUUUUUUAUUUUUGUUCUUAUUUCAAAUAUUCUUUCUUUUCUCUCUCUUUCUUUCAUUCUUUCUUUCUUGUUUUCUUUCUUUGUGUCUUUAUUUAUUUCUUCCUUUUUUUCUUUUAGUCUUUCUUUCUUUGAAUAUUUCCUUCUUUCUUUCUUUCUUUUUAUCAAUUUUAGUUUUUUCUUCUUUCUUUCUUUUUUCCAAAUUUUUGAGUAGUUCCUUCUUUUUUGUACUUUGUUUCUUUCUUUGGGUAUCUCCUUCCUUCCUAUUUUCUUUCUUUCUGUCUUUUCUUCUUUCUUCAUUUCUUUGGGUUUUUUUUGGUUUUUUUCGAAACUGUCUUUCUUUUUUUGAUUCUUUCCUUCUUUCUUUCAUUUUUAAAAUUUUCCUUCUUAUUUCUUUCAUUCUUUCUUUUUCUUUCGAAAUAUUUGGUCUUAUAUUGAGCCUUUCUUCCUUCCUUUUUUUCUUUCGAAACCUUACUUAUAAUGAGUCUUUCUUGCUUUCUUCCUUUUUUGUCGAAACCGUCUAUCUUUCUUAA